AUGGCUGCUGUUGCAAGCACUCAUUAUAAAUUCGCCGUGUUAAGCGGAAAGCCAGUUUUCCAUGUUAGUAGUCCUGUGCCCCUGAUUUACACCCAGGGACACGGCCAAAUGGUGACUUUAGCAUUAUCGACGCGAUCCUUGGCAGCGAGCCCAGCGAGGAGUCCAAGAGCCGCGCCAGCCAGCAGCGCUUUGUGGCCAAGAUCCUCCCCGGAGUUGAAGGAGCCGGCGUCAGCUUCCGGACUCAGCUUCAAAACCGCAUCGGAGACUUUUUCGGACUCAACCCCGACAAAAGCUCAGUCUUUUGCGUCACGAGCGGCACUAAUGCAAUCCGAGCGGUCUUAG